AUGGCCACUAUUCUUAGUCGGGCUGGUCCUUUUACAGACCCAGACUAUACGCCAGAAUUUGGUCUAAAGUCCCUGGCUACGAGCAAGGUUCUUGUGCUAGGCGCAGGAGGGCUGGGAUGCGAGAUUUUGAAAAACCUCGUCCUCUCAGGGUUCCGCCAUAUUGAGUGCAUUGACAUGGAUACGAUCGAGACUAGCAACCUGAACCGCCAAUUUUUGUUUCGAUCGGCUGACGUAGGCAAGUCAAAGGCCAUUGUGGCGUGCGAGUUUGUCUCCAAACGCUUAGCACGCCAAGGAUUAACCAUUCUUCCUCACUUUUGCAAGAUUCAAGACUUUGACGACGAUUUCUACUCCCAGUUCUCCAUUAUUGUGUGCGGACUAGACAGUAUUGAGGCCAGACGAUGGAUAAAUGAGAAACUUGUGUCUUUGGCAGCAACCAUGGGCCACAUCAUUCCCUGGAUCGAUGGAGGAACCGAAGGAUUUCAGGGAUCGGUCAAGCUCAUGAUCCCCACCAUUACAGCGUGUUUCGAGUGCUACAUGAAAUUGGUUCCUGUCCAGACAACAUACCCGCUGUGCACGCUGGCCUCAACGCCUCGAUUACCGGAGCACUGCAUCGAAUGGGCCCAUGAACUCGAAUGGCCCAAACGCUACUCAGAUGUGGACUUCGACCCCGAUAUUCCUGAACACGUGGACCUCAUGUACCAGCUGGCUAAGGAGCGCGCCAGUCAGUUUGGCAUCGAGGGUGUUACGAAGGCCAAGACGCUCGGAGUGGUGAAAAACAUCAUUCCAGCAAUUGCGUCGACAAACGCAGUCAUUGCCGCUGCCUGCUGCAACGAGUGCUUCAAAUUUGUUACUUCGUGCGCGGAGAACAUGCGGGAUUCCAUGUACUACAACGGAGAGACAGGAGUGGUAUGUGUUUCCGAUCCGUACGACAAGGCCGCAGACUGUGCCGUGUGCGCCAGCUUACCUCAAGAAUAUGUCAUUGAGGAAGGGUGUACGCUGGCCCAGUUUGUGGCCGGGGCCACACAGAAUUUUGGGCUCCAGCAGCCGUUGUUCUUCACAGCGGAGGGCGACUUGUACAACUCGAAAAAACCUGACGCUUUUGUGACGGAUAUUCCAGUGGUUAAAUUAAUUCCGUUCGCGGAUCGAGUUGCCAACUUGCAGAUUAAUAUUGUUGACAGUUCAAGACCGUCCACGCUGAAGCUGGUACUCAGGGUGGAGUGACCGCCGACGCCAUCAAGUACAUAGGCCAAUUUAUGGUAGAUUCGCGUGUUCAAAGUUUAUAUAAUAUAUGUCCUUUAGUCUAACGGGCUCUAUCUAACCGUGCUUAGAGAAGUAGUCCUUUGCCUUGUUGACCUCUGGCUUGAUGGUGUCAGAGCCAGCAGUCCAGUUGGCUGGGCAGACCUCACCGUGGAUCUCGGUGAAUUGGAAGGCCUCCAAAAGUCUCAAGGACUCCUCAACGUUUCUACCAACAGGCAAAUCGUUGAUGGUGAUCUGUCUCAAAACACCCUUAGGGUCAAUCAAGAAAAUACCUCUAAGGGCAACACCCUCCUCCUCAAUCAAAACACCAUAGUCUCUGGAGAGAGUGUGGUUAGUAUCAGCAAGCAAUGGGAUGUUGACCUUGCCCAAUCCACCGUCGGCACGUGCAACAUUGGUCCAAGCCAACAGAGAGUAUUCGGAAUCGGUGGAAGCAAACAGGACUUGGCAGUCCUUGUCAGCAAACUUCUUGGCUGCCUCGGAGUAGGCAAUGAUCUCGGUUGGGCAGACGAAGGUGAAAGCCAAUGGGAUGAAUGCGAGCAACACCCACUUGCCCUUGAAUUGUUCAAGGGAGACUUCCUCGAACAUACCGUCGAUGACGGCGGUCUUCUUGAAGGUUGGAGCUGGCUUUUGAAUCUGAGCGACCAUGAUGAAUCUAAGUUAUCGUGCAAAAAUGUAUCAAGAUCUU